AUGGAGUUCAGCGUCCUCAUCUCGGCGCUUCUCCUCCUCGCGGCUCACUCCCUCGCCGCCGUGGUUGCGCCCGGCUCACCUCAUUCUCAACUUCACGAUCUCCGCCGUGACUCAAAGGCCCCGGCAUCAUUCUCACUCCCGGUUCACUACAACGCCGCUUUCCACUCUGCCCAUCACGACCAACCCUCCAACCAUGGCCUUGCGUCGUACUACCGGUCCCUCUCCCGGUUGCCCAACAUCAGCCUCGACUCGAUCCCCUUGGGUCUUAAGAAGGUCGUCUCCGGCAACCUCAGCAAGGGUACCUCCUCCGGCAAACCCAAAGGCUCCAGCAGAAGUCUCCCCGCCACCCCCUUCUGGGAAGAGCGCGAGUACCUCACCCCGCUCACCGUCGGCACUCCUCCGCAGACCGUUCUCGUCAACCUCGACACCGGCUCCGUCAGUUUCUGGCUGUUGAGCUCGGAGACGUUCAUCGCCAACAAGACGCUGCGGGCGUUGUAUGAUAUUGGAAAGUCGACGACGGCGGAGAAGGUUGUUAAUGCUUCUUGGGCUGCUCAUUAUGCGGAUGGUAGCUACGCCGCUGGAAAUGUAUAUCACGACACCCUCCGUUUGGGCAGUGUCGAAGUUCCCAAGGCCGUCGUGCAGAGUGCCCUCGAGGUCAGUCUCGACCUCGCCGCAGAUCUCGCCACCUCCGGCAUCAUGGGUCUAGCAUACAACAUGUCCAGCGAAGUGCACCCCCUCGGCACCGAAACAACCGUGGUGGAGCAACUCUACGAGCGGCUGGACCAGCCUCUGAUGACCAUCGACCUGCGCACCCGCGCCAACGGAGCCUACACCUUCGGAUCGAUCCCGGCUGCUGCCGUUCCCGCCACAGACAAUAAGGGAGAGAAGGGUCUAAGAGCGUCCUACAAGGGAGAAAUCAACUACUACCCCCUCAGCCCCAGCGAGUACUGGCAGACCACCUACACCUUCUUCUCCAUCGCCAACAGCACUUACCAAUCGCCGUGGAUGAACGGUCUCGAGGAUGCCAACCCCCCUACUCAGGCUCAAGCCACUGCCACUCCCACUACCUCGACCUCUCCCACUGCCUCUACUGACAACCCGGGUGUCACAGCCACGCUGCUCCGCGAAGCCAUCAUCGACACGGGUACUUCCAUCCUCCUCCUUCCCGACGCAAUCGUCGACAAAUACUACGCCCACGUUCCCGGCGCUGUAUUCCGCACUGAAUACAACGUUUGGACGUUCCCUUGCGAUUUGAAGGUUCCUGUUCAUACUAGGUCUGGUCCGCCUCCCGGUACUGGGUCUGAGGCUGACGGGAAGGGAGACAAGGAGAAGCCCGUGCUCCCGGAUUUGAAGAUCGCCUUCGGAGAAAACGGUGGUUGGCACGCUACUAUCCCCGGAGCGCUGUUCAACUUCUCUGUAAUCGAGGUUGAGGAGGAUGAUGAUGGCUCUUCUACCGCUGCGCGUCCUGCUUCUUUGGAGGAGUUUGUUGGUGGUAGGGACGACAAGGCAGAGGAGGAUGAUCCGGGAAUGAUCACCCAGUGCAUGGGUGGUAUUCAGAACAACAUGGGCCUGGAUGUCUCUAUCUUUGGGGACACCUUCCUCAAGGCUGUCUUUGUUGUGCUGGAUAUGAGGGGACGGGUGGGGUUUGCUGAUAAGGAUUUGUAG